UGAAGGAGUGAACGCGCAGACAAAGACAAACAGCAGGAACUAGACGCAGCCCCGUGAGAGGUCUCUCAAAAGUAAGAUUUGAUGCAAAAAUAUUUCCUCCACUGCUGAGUUCAGGUGAUCUGGUUUAGAUUGAACACAAGGAUAAAACUACAGAGACUGGAGGUGUGCCACUGAACAGAGAAAAUGAGCAUUCGGGGACUCCCAGAGGUGGAGAAGGGAUAUGACCCACAAGACACCACCCUCAAGUUUGUCACCAGAGGGGACGACUUGGAUCCACUUUCCUUAAAUGACUCCCUCAGAGCAGAGAUGUCCUGCGGCCACGCUGUCACGCCUGAAUCCCUCACGCUGUGGUGUCGCAGCCAGCUGGAUGGGGGGGAAAACACAUUCAGAUGCCCCGCACUGGUAGAGGGGACCAGACAGUGCAACAAGGUUUGGUCGUACCAAGAGGUGCGCCGACUGGCUGAUCUGUCUGUUGAGGAAAUGCAGCACUUUGAAGGCAGCAUGGCCAGCAUGGCUGCUGCUAGAUACUGCGAGUUCCAGACAUGCCCACAGUGCAAAACAAACGUGGAGAGGAAGGACCUUUCCAACCUGUGUGUGAAGUGCAUCAUAUGCACAGCUGAUCAGGGGAAAACCUACCACUUCUGCUGGCAGUGUCACAGGCCGUGGAAGGGGUCAGCUCGUCGAUCUGACCGCUGCGACAACGAUGGCUGCAUCAACAGGGACCUGCAACUAAUGCAGACAUGCAAGUCCAUCGAUCUGCCGGCGGUGGCGGACGUCACCAGCUGCCCCUCCAUCCGACUCUGUCCUACAUGUGGCAUGAAGGUGGAACACAGCCAACAAUACUGCAAAAAUGUUAGAUGUCCUCGAUGCCACGUGGAGUUCUGCUUUGUUUGCCUUAAACUAAAGCGGGAAUGCUCCAAGACCAGUACACCCUUCAGAAUCUGCCCAAGUGGCGUGGCUCCGAGACAGACUGCUAUCCCUGUAUGGCGGAGAAAGUGAAGGCAAUGCAGUGUCUUGUCUUAACUCAACAAGAGAUAUUUGACAGAAAUAUUAAAAAACACGACAUAGAAACAAUGCAUUUAUUUUGAAAGGUAUCUAUAUUAUACUAUCCUGUAACAGUUUAACAACUAUUGAUCAAAACAACAUGUUUGUGGCAUAACUCAGCUCUGCAAGAUCAUUUAAAGUAGGUUUUUAUUUGUGGUUUCUCUGCCUCCUUGUGGCUGAGCUUUAAAUUACACAUGAUGAGUCUGUUAGGUAUUACUCUGAAUCUCCAUUACUAUCCAUUAAAGUACUUAUAUUUUGUACAUACAAAAUGGAACCUGUUUGUUGAAAAUAUUAAAUAAAUUAACUUCCAGAAUCUUUUGAGAAGCUUUAUCAUUCCACAAUUUAUGGAGAAUUAAAGCACAGAUAUGUUUGCGUUGUGUAAUUUAUUUUAAAUCAGUGUGACAAAACCUACCUGGAAAAUGUAAUUUAAACACAAUGUGAGAAAGAAAUCUGUUGUAAACAUGGUAAUAUGUCUGAAUGCUAAUUUUGAUUUACAUUUUAAGUUCACAACCUGUCCAGGGUGUCCCCUGCCUUCACCCUGAGUCAGCUGGGAUAGACUCCAGCCCCCCCAUGACCCUAGUGAGGAUUAAGCGGUGUGUAGAUAAUGGAUGGAUGGAUUUUAAGUUCACCCAGACAAGGCAGGUGUGUAUCUGUAUUUUCAACAUCAGAAACAAUCAUUAAGAUCCAAUAAAAGAAAACACCGUUUAAAGCUG